AUGUCUGUAUCUGCUGACGGUUUCAACGCUUCCGAACUUUUCGAGCAAUUGCAACAGGGUUUGAAGGAUGAGGAUGUCAAGAAAAAGGCCAUCUCCGGUGUCAAGGCCGUCAUUGUCAUUACUUUGAAGAACAAGGAGGGUAAGGACCAGUCGUGGGUGUUGGAUUUGAAGAACGAGGGUACUAUCACCAAGGCCGACAAGCCACCAAAGAAUGAUGUGCAGUUGAGCUUGAAGGAUGCUGACUUUGUCAAGUUGGCCAACGGUAAGGCCAACGGCCAGAAGUUGUUCAUGGGUGGUAAGUUGAAGGUCAAGGGUAACAUGAUGAAGGCCACUGCCAUUGAGUCUGUUUUCAAGCAGCUCGAGGGCCACAGAGCCAAGUUGUAA